CCAGAUCAGAAAUGUGGAGGAAGUGUUGUUGCUGUUGCUGUUCAGAUGAACUCUGUGCCGAUUUCCAAAGGCCACCUGAGCCUGGUGACAGGGAUACGCGAGCCACUCGGCAUCCAUGUUUUUGAAUCUCAGCCGUAUAUCGGGGUGAGAGAUGUGAUGAGAACAUCCCACUUGCCUGCGUUUGGCCGGAUUCGACGCGCGGGGGGGGUCGUUGCUCUGGGUGUGGGGAGCGAGGAUGCGCUCUCUGCACCCUCCGGCUCGUCGCGGGGACCCAGCCCCCUCACCAUGGGGGCACAGGACACCCUGCCCGUCGCCGCCGCCUUCACGGAAACCGUCAACGCGUACUUCAAAGGGGCCGACCCGAACAAGUGUAUUGUGAAGAUCACGGGGGAGAUGGUGCUGUCGUUUCCAGCGGGCAUCACCCGACACUUUGCCAACAACCCCGCUCCGGCAGUGCUCACCUUCCGCGUGCUGAACUACAACAGGCUGGAGCACGUCCUGCCAAACCCCCAGCUCCUCUGCUGUGACAACACACAGAGUGACGCCAACACAAAGGAGUUCUGGGUCAACAUGCCAAAUCUGAUGACUCACCUAAAGAAGGUAUCGGAACAGAAACCACAAGCCACCUAUUACAAUGUGGAUAUGCUCAAAUACCAGGUAUCUGCCCAGGGUAUUCAGUCUACUCCAUUAAACCUUGCAGUGAGCUGGCGGUGUGACCCUGCAAGCACUGACCUCCGCAUUGACUACAAAUACAAUACAGAGGCAAUGACCACACCGGUAGCUCUAAACAACGUCCAGUUCCUCGUCCCCGUCGACGGAGGAGUAACCAAACUUCAAGCUGUGCUUCCUCCUGCUGUCUGGAACGCCGAACAGCAAAGGAUAUUGUGGAAGAUCCCUGACAUCUCCCAGAAGUCAGAAAAUGGAGGUGUGGGGUCUCUACUGGCCCGAUUCCAGCUCUCGGAGGGGCCGAGCACCCCGGCCCCCCUGGCCGUGCAGUUCACCAGCGAGGGGAGCACGCUGUCCAGCUGCGACAUCGAGCUCGUCGGCGCCGGCUACCGCUUCUCCCUCAUCAAGAAGAGGUUUGCGGCAGGUAAAUACUUGGCCGAUAACUGAUGGAAGCUUAUGCGAGUCCGUGGAAAAUAAUACGGAAAAUGCCCAAGGACUGCUGUGCGUGGAACGGGUUUUAAUUACAGUUUAAGGAAAAUGAACUAAAUCCUGCUCUCGGGACCUUUCUGUUGGAAGUGUCGACAACUUUCAGCAUUUUUUCCUUGGAAAACACCGUCUUGACCAGUCCUACAGUAUUUACUUCUAGAUGUAACAUUGUUAAUGGUUUUAAAAUGUAAUUAUUGUAUUUGUAAAUUGUACUCAUUCCAGUAAGGCUGUAUUUUGGCAGUUAGACACUUGAGUUUUAGCAUUUUACCAUUCAUGAAAUGGAUGUAAUUUAAACUGUGGUAUAUAAAUUUAAUAGUAGUACUGUUGAAUGGCACAAUGCUUACAGAGGUAGAUUACAUUUUGUCAAUAUAUACGAUUUAAAUACAAUACUGAUAGCUGUUAUGAAGGGGGUGCCUCAUAAAGAGAG